UACGCGUGGACACGACAUUUUGUUGCAAGCUAGUUGGGAAAGCAGCUAGUACAUAUUUUCGUGCAGCUAAACGUCAACAUGUCUUUAUAUUGAUUAAUGUUGCUAUAUUAUACAUCAUAUAAUUGAAAUAGCAGCUAAACGACGUGCAACAGAUAACACUGAGCCUUCGAACGUGGAAAAAUGGAAUUACUUCCUGUGCUGGAUCCAGAGGAUAAACCACGAGCGGGACUGUGGUAUGCUAUGAUACCCAGAGGAGGUGGUCCAGGAGUUAGUGUGGGCCACACCUGUAUAUACAUCCCCUCUGAGGAUGAUGGCAUGGGGAAGGUCCUGAUCAUAGGAGGAGCCAACCCUAAUGGCAGCUUUUCAGAAUCCCAUGUCAUAAACCUGGACAGUCACGAGUGGGACAUUCCUGAAUGGGAGGGUCUGGAGGCACGGUAUGAACACUGCAGCUUUGUCCCUGAGAGCUGUCCACAGAGCCUGUGGGUGUUCGCUGGGGCACAGCAGAGUGGCAACCGCAACUGUGUCCAGAACCUACAACUCACAGGCGGUGGGUUGUGGAAGGGUGUAGAGGUGAAAGGGACGCCCCCCUGUCCCAGGACGUAUCACACUAACUCAGCCAGCGUCGGGGACCGACUGUUUGUCUUCUCUGGAGGGGACUCAGGGGCCACACCUGUCUCGGACCCCAACCUUCACGUCUUCGACACAGUUUCCUGCACCUGGUCUCAGCCAGACACACAGGGCAGACAUCCCCCUGCAAGACACGGCCACGUGGUGACAGCGGUAGGACCCAAAAUCUAUAUCCAUGGAGGCAUGGCAGGAGAGAAGUUCUACAGCGACAUCUACUCUCUAGACACCAGCAGUAUGAAGUGGGAGAAGGUCCAAGCCAAAGGAGACAUCCCCCCGGGGGUGGCUGCCCACUCAGCUGUGGUCCUCGGAAAGAACAUCUACAUCUUUGGAGGGAUGACCCCAGAAGGGGCCAGCAAUGCAAUGUACAGAUUUCAGUGUGACAAACAGCGCUGGACCCUGUUGAGGUUUGAAGGGAACAUGCCACCCAACAGACUGGACCACUCCAUGUGUGUCCUACCCUGGAGAGUAAGGCCUGAGCACGUCAGUGGAGAGAGAGACCAGACCCAGAGCUUCUCAGCAUCAGGGACCGUACAGCUGGCAUUUGUGUUUGGAGGGAUGGACACUCAAGGGGUCAUACACAGUGACUGUGUUGUAACCGUCUUAACGUGAUCUUAAUAGCUACUGCUCUGGGAAAUACCGUGUGUAUGUGCCUGUAUGUUUAACUAUUGGUCAAUAAUUGUUGCAGUUCAUUUUAGCACCACCUUUUUCAAAUAAAUCCAACCAGUGUGAAGCUGAUCAUGGAUCAGAUGUUGGUUCAGUGCCAGUAGACCUUAAUUUACACCCCACAUACAUACAGAACUACAAGUAGCUAUGCAAAAUGUGGUGUUGCAUGGCAGAUGCACGCAGGCCAUAGAGCAGGAUUCUCCAACCCUGUUCCUGGAGUGCAACAGUCCUGGAUACACUGCACUUGGUUAAGUGUGGUUAGAGUGAAAAUCUACAUAGGUAUCUCUCCAGGAAAAGGGUUGGGGAGAGCCCUGCCAUAGAGCGCUUAACAUUAGUCAACUGUGUGGGAUGUUAAACUUCAUUAGGUGAUCCCUCCUGAAGUCAAAUCCAAUCAGUUUGUCUAGAGGGAAAUCAGCAAAUUGACUACUUCAAAAUGGAUAGCAUGGGCAGUGCCAUUGAGGCGGUCACAGAUGGUAUUAUGGUGCAGACCCCCAAUUCAUACCUCAGUUACAUAUGGAUUUUAAACUGAGUCGAUGUUCUGUGGUCAGAGGCAAUAGGACGUCUACCCGCUGCACACAGCCAACGUCCGUUGUGUCUCAUUAACAUGAUUACACAGGUGUAAAUUGAUGCAUAAUAAUAUCAAGAGACAAAUCAAAGACAUUUGUAUCAAACAUUUAUUUCAAUGUCUUUACAGUAGAAAGUAUUUUCUACAAUGACCAGAUUCAAUAAAUAACUUGUUACCAUU